AUGCUGAAGCUGACAUAUUUUUCUGUGCUGCUCCUUAUUAUCCUGGUGUCUCAAGGAUCUGUUGCGAAAUCCCAGGAUAAUGGGCGAUCCACUUGCCUGUUGCAGGACCCUCAAAAUCAGUGUGGCGACUUCUGCCUUAGCAAGAUCCAUCCGAUGAUUGAGUUGGUUCCCGAAACGAAUUCCAAGUUGGAAAGGAUCUCCCGCGAGCAGCAGUCCAUCCAGAUGAAGCUCGUGGCAGUUCAGUCGACGGUGGAGGCCCAAAGGAUCACUAUGCAGAAUUCCUUGAAGAACAUCACCACGAAAGAAGAGUUUGGCGCGAAACUCGGCGACACGAAGGAAAAACUUAUGGCGGUGAUUUUUGAAUUAAAAAACCAACUUCAGUUGCUGACCACAAAAAUGGAGGACCAAAGGACCAUCAAAAAGGACGACUUUGAGGAGCGAUUGAAUGUGACGGAAGAGCAACUUUUGGUCUCGAAUUCCGAGUUAAAGACCCAACUGAAGGAAAUGGACACGAAUGCAAGAGAUCAGGAGAUAUCCAUGCAAACCAAACUGGAUGCCCAAUUUCUGGCGGUUCAGAAAAAACUGGAGGACCAGAACACAGCCAUAUUUGAAUCCUUUGAAGAGAGAUUAAAUGGAACGGAGGGACAAAUACGGAUGUUCGACAUCAAAAUGGAAGCCCAACUAAAGGAGCUUCAAAACAAAACUGAAACCCAACUUCUGGCGCUGGAGAACCAACAAUCGGCCUUUCAGAAAACCCUUCUCGAAACCCUUUCCACAAUCAAAUUCAAAACCAUCGAUCCAAGACUUUUCCCGGCGGUGCUGCCGGUGGUGCUGAAGCUGCUGACGGUGGUGGUGCUGGUAUUCCUGGUACUUCUGGUGGUUCUAAUGCUUCUGGUGGCGGUGAUGUUGCCAUAA